GGGGCGUACCCCCAAUUCGCUGUCCCCUACUUCAUCUACGACGUCUACGCCAUGUUCCUGUGUCACUGGCACCGGGGACGGGUGAAGGGGCACGAGGUGGCACCUCCCCCCAGCCUGCGGGCGGCCGCCGGUGCCUACCUGCGCAAGGACCUCCUGAUGGUGCUCCACCAUGCCGCCAUGGUGCUCGUCUGCUUCCCCGUGGCCACCCUGUGGCGCCAGGGGAAGGGCGACUUCUUCUUGGGGUGUCUCCUGAUGGCCGAGCUCAGCACCCCCUUCGUCUGCCUCGGCAAAGUCCUCAUCCUG